UGAUAAACUUUGCAACAUGGCGGCGGACCACAUCGGCGAGUUGGCAAGCAUGGAAAACUCCAACCGAAGCGCUCGUCCCGGGUUCUGCAGCGAUAAAUACUCUUUGCUCGUCAUUGUCGGACAGCCCGGUCCGGCUGGAUUUGUGGAUUUACUAGUGUCCGAGAUUGAAAGAGGUAUUCGCUCGUGGGACGUCGACCUGACCGCCUGCAACAUCGACGAACAGCUCAAACUGUUUAUUUCAAGACACUCCGCCUGCUUCUCUGAGGACCUCAAAGGCCAGAAGACACUGCAGCACAGCGGGGAUGUGCUAGAGACCCAGGUGAUAGUUAACCCAUCUCAUGAUUUGGUUUGUUCAGAGGUCCGUCGGCUCAUUUCAGAUGCAUCUCUUCAUAAGCUGCUAAUUCUUGCUGGACAAUGUGUUGAAGAUACUGGAGACCUUGAGUUGCAAAUUGGGUCUUUUUCACUAAAUGACUUUAUCCAGAUAUUUACAGAUGAAGAGAUUGGAGAUCUUCUGAGCUCUGCAGACCCUACUCAGAAAGCCAGCCUAACCCUGUGCUGUCCACAAUCUGGGAUGUGGAAAAAUUCUCAAUUAGAAAAGCAUAAUUUGCAAGAUUAUAUAGAAAUUAAAACCAACCCUCCAUUAGUGCUACCAGAGAUGGAGGGCCUUCAGGAGUUCACAGAGUAUCUGUCUGAGUCUCUUGAAGCUCAGUCGCCUUUUGAUCUCCUUUUGCCACCCUGUACAGUGGGCUUCCUGAAACUGUCCCGUCCCUGCUGCUAUGUGUUUCCUGGAGGAAGAGGUGACUGUGCCUUCUUUGCUGUGAAUGGUUUCAAUGUCUUGGUCAAUGGGGGGUCUGAUACUCGAUCCUGUUUUUGGAAACUGGUGAGACAUCUAGACCGAGUCGACUCAGUAUUGCUCACCCAUGUUGGUGUGGAUAAUCUUCCUGGUAUGAACAGCCUACUUCACAGAAAAGUGGCUGAACAAGAAGAAGAGGAGUCCGCUGGAUCGCAGAGCAAUGAAGACUGGCAGAAGAAUCUGAUAUCUCCAGAAAUAGGGGUUGUAUUUUUCAAUGCUUCUGAAAGACUCAAAACAUUGCAGACUGACCCCAGGGUCCUUCAAAGUCGUGAUCAAGUUGCCCUAACAUUACAGCAUUUAGAAAGGUUGUCAAUUCUUCCAGAGCAGCUCAGUCGCUCUGCUGGGCCGGCUAUUGAGCCGGUGAUUCUUUUCCAGAAGAUGGGUGUAGGUCGCCUAGAUCUUUAUGUACUCAAUCCAGUCAAAGGUAGCAAAGAACUUGAAGCUUUCUUGCAAACUUGGCCUGCUAGCACUCCAAACAUAAAAACCUCAGAAAUCCCUCUAGACUGUAUGGUCUCCAUAUGUGCCCUGUUGGUUUGGCAUCCAGCUAAUCCUCGAGAAAAGAUAAUUCGGGUUUUGUUUCCUGGGUGCACUCCAGAAUCCAAGAUCUUCGAAGGUUUAGACAGACUAAAGCAUCUAGAGUUUCUCAAACACCCAGUAGUUAGUUUGAAGGACCUUGAGACAUCAAAGUUGGAUAAACAGCCAAAGCAUGCUGGGAGCAAGGAAAGUCUUAAGAGUAUUUCCAAAGAAUCUCGACCUGGUAGUGCCUUACUCAAAGACAAGGUAAGCAAGGUAGAGUUGAAAAAGCAAGACACUAAAACAAAGACCAAAUCCACUAAUGACACUGUUCUGAAAGAGGGUGAGGAAAAAGCAAAGCCAAAAGAUGAUGUGAAACAAAGACCAUCUAAGCCUGAAAAGCAAGUGACUAAGAAAGAACCUGCUAAAGAUGAAAAGAGAGAAGUUAGGAAGAAAGAGGAACGGCCACCGACAAGUAUUGCAAAAAAGGAUGAGAAUGUAGAGCAAAAGAAAGAACCCUUGAAAAAAGAUCUCAGUGCAAAGCCCAAGAAAGAUAUGAAGCCUGAUGUGAAAAAAGAGGUUAAGAAAGAGGUCAAACCAGAAGACAAAAAACCUACAAAAACUCUUGUUAAGGAAGUUAAGAAAGUCACCGGACAUUUGCCAGGCAAUGCAGAUUCUAGAAAGUCAGUUGUCAAGAAUGGCUCACUAAAGAAAGAUUUGAUGGUCCCUAAAAAGGAUCCUUUACCCAAAGGGAAGCCAAAGCCAGACAAAAAAGAUCCUGACAAUCGGAAAUCCUCAAGUGAAGUAAGUGCAGACCGGCCAAAGACAUCUACGCCUGAGGAUGUUACUGCAAAAUUGGAAAAGUUGAAAAUGGAGAAUGAACAAUUGCAGGAUGUUGAAGGCAAUAAUCUAAACUCAAGAACUGAAUGUGCCUCUGGCAACAAUGAUGUGCAGGUGAAUGGCUCUAAAAAAGGUACUGACGAAAGUCCAGAGAAGUUUCGGAGUAUGGAUGGGAACCCCGGCUCAAACAUUGCUAUUGGACCCUCCUCCCCACUUGCACAGACUCCAAAGAGUGAGAGAAGUGUAAACUUGGAUCUCACUCCAACAGAGCUUGAUGGAUGCCCCAAAGAGGAUGUCUGUACAAGCUUGGACGAAAAAACCCUUGAGUUAGUUUCUCCCAUGGACUCUUUGAAGAAUAAUGCUUCUCAGGUCUCUGGCGAAGAUUGUAAGGCAGGCAUCAGGGCUUCUGGUCUCGGUUUUGAAGACAGUCAGAUGGUAUUCUGCAAGAACUCAAAGGCAGGUUGUUCGAGAAGCAAUCUAGAAAACAGCUCCAUAUCAUCACAAGAUAGACAACCAAGCUUUCUCUCCUCUACUUCACUUAGAGAUACUCUACCCGAUGCCUCUCCUAGCUUCACUUCCUUUCCUGCGGAAGUUGGCUCUCCACACUCCACUGAAGUAGAUGAUUCGUUAUCCUUUGAACAAGUGCCUGUUUGUCAUUCACAGGAGGAUAUUGGUAAUUUGGCAUACACUAAUGGACAUUUAGCAGACUGCGAACCAAAAACGGAUUUAAAAACAUCUCAUAAUAGUCACCACACAUAUGAUGAAUCCGAGAAUCACCUCUUUGGACCACAGAUUGACAUCCUUCCACAUGAUGUCGAUCUAUGUCUGGUUUCACCUUGUGAGUUUCAGCAUCACAAAUCUCCAGAGAACCAGCAGGGACUGUCCUGUGAGGUUGUUGCCCCAAGUCCUGACCUCUCUCAAGAGCCAAACCAGUGCAGUAGUAGUGAUCAUCAGUCAGUGGAAGGUCAGGAGACAACGUCCUCUGUUAGUGUCUCUCUCAUCUCGGUUUCUGAUUCUGAUGCGCCACCAGCCACUGAAGAGUGUCCCUCCAUUACUGAGGACUUGGACUCUGAUGAGGAAGCUAGUGAUAUCUUUCCACCCCACCAUCCCCAUGACCAUCCUAGCACUCAUUCGUUACACCACAAUUCCCAGCGUGUCUCUGAAGACCCUCCACCUGCCCCAAUGAAGGAUUUACCACCGCUGCCACCCCAGCCUGGUGCCUGCAUGGCCGACCCAGAGGCUGAUGCUCAGGGUAAAUCGUCCAAGAAUGUAACGUCGAAGACCAAAAAAAUAGUAACUGUGUCCUCAAAGACUGCAUCUGCAAACAUACAAAGUGGGAAGGCAAAGACUGGUGCUCCGGUGUCUACCAGUGGAACUUUUCGGGCUACGUCCAGUCUGGACACCAGGCCUGCAUCCCGCAAUGCUACCAGUGGAUCUAGACCAGGGCUUUCAAAGUCCUCAUCCAGUUCUGUCAGUGCAGUCUGUUUGGAUUUGGCAUAUUUGCCCUCUGGCUCGGCAGCUUCCACUGUCGAUGUGGAGUUUUUCCGGCGCCUCCGCUCAUCCUGCUAUAUAAUUAGUGGAGAUGAGCCGCACAAGAAAAAAGUCAUGAGAUCUAUUCUCGACUCUCUUUUAGAGGGCAAAGCAUCCUGGCCAGAUGUUCAGGUGACUUUGAUCCCCACAUUUGAUUCAAUAACUAUGCACAACUGGUACCAGGAGACCCAUGAACGGCAGCGAGAUCUGUCCAUCACAGUACUUGGAAGCAACAGCACUGUCGCCAUGCAGGACGAGACCUUCCCAGCAUGCAAAGUGGAGUUUUAAAGACAUCUGAAGAUUCACACCCCUGCCUGUCACUAGAGCACUUCUGUUCACUUUCAAAAUAAUGUGCAAAAUGAUGCCUCUCAAUUUCUUCACACAUUUUACCUUGUUUACCAUGAAGCAUUUCGGUUCUCUUCAUCAGCAAUGACGUUUUAUCUGUAAUUUAACAUAUACACUUGCUGCUUAUUAAAGUGUUAUGGAUUCUGUGUAAA